AAAAAAGCUAAAAUAUUUGGCUUUUUCUAUUUAGAAAAAGCCAAUUUUUUAAACCUUUACCAAAUGCGAUUGAACCCGAACCCGACGCCCAAACCUACCCACCCAUCCCUUGUAGCUCUCUGCAACCCCGAUCUUCAACCCUCACCUCAUCCCAAAGCAAUAAUUUCUUCAUUCUCCUCCUCCAUCGCUCUCCUUCCGGGACUACAGAGUUGGAAAGAAGCUCCUCUUUCAUUCAGCAUCGUUGAUCUGAUUGAAGAUAUUCUUAUGGAGAAUCCUUCACAUCACUCAAAUAGUUCAAGUUCAUCAUCAUCAAGUGAAGAUGAAGAUACAAAGUUAGAAGUGACAAGAGUUUUAAAAAGAAGAUUGGUUGUGUUGUUGCUCAAAUUAUUGAGUGACUCAUCCAUUAAUAAGGAACGAGUCUCUACUUCAUCAUUUACAGGUUCACUUUUCAUUCAAGAGCUUUUAAAUGGUUCAUCUAGCACAUGUUAUGAACUAAUGCGGAUGGAAAAACAUGGAUUUAUUUCUCUAUGUCACAUGUUUCGAGAAAAAGGAUGGUUUGUUGACAGUAAACAUUUGAAUGUUGAAGAGAAAAUGGCCAUGUUUCUUAUGACUAUUAGUCAUAAUCUUCGGAAUCGAUUGAUUAAGAAUAGAUUCCAACACUCAAGUCAAACAAUUCAUAAAUACUUCCAUGAGGUUUUAGUGGCCAUGGUGAAUUUCUCAAAAGAGAUGAUUACUCCUCCAUCAUUCAAUGAUAGUUCAAAUGGUAUCUCCAAUCGUCGGCUAAGACAAAUUUUUAAGGAUGCUAUUGGUGCAAUUGAUGGAACUCUUAUCCAUGCAUGUAUUCCCACUAAUCAACAAGUACCUUAUCGAGGUCGUGGGAGAGGAGAGUGUUUUCAAAAUGUUAUGGCAGUUUGUGAUUUUGACAUGAUAUUUAGGUUUGUUGUUGUUGGAUGGGAAGGAACAGCUCAUGAUUCAAGAGUCUUGACAGAAACUAUUCGUAACCCGCAACAUAAUUUUCCAAUGCCCCCAUCAGAAAAAUAUUAUUUAGUAGAUGCAGCAUACACACACACUCGAGGUUUUAUGGCACCAUAUCGUAAUGUGCGCUAUUGGUUGAGUGAUUUUCGUAGUGGUGGUAAAGCUGUAGGAAAAGAGGAGAUAUUCAACCAAUGUCAUGCAAGAUUAAGAAAUGUCAUUGAACGUGCUUUUGGUGUUGUUAAGGCGCGUUUUCCAAUCUUGAAGAGAAUGGCACCUUAUUCGUUUACUACUCAAACAAAAAUUGUCAUGACAUGCUUCUCCAUUCACAAUUUUCUUCGACAAAUCUCAGUUGCGGAUAGAUUAUUUUCUGAAUAUGACAAUGAAGUGGAAUUGGAAAGUGACAAUGCCAAUCAAAAUCAAAACUCAACUACAAGCAGUUUUUUUGCAGCAUCUGAUCAAGAAUUCAUGCAACAGUUCCGAAACCAAAUCGCAAAUGAACUCUUUCAAGUGUUUAGUUAACUUGUCAUUUUUAGCUUUUUACCAUUGUAAGAAAUGCAAUGUUUAGAUAUUAGCAUAAAAUGUGAUGUCUUCGGAUAUUUGAAAAUAUGUACUUGAAUUGUUAUGUUUUUUCUUUAAUUUGAUUUAGGUUUUAUCAA